AUGGAGAACGCCCAUGCUGUACUGUCAAUUGUCGAAAUCCUCGAGAAUAUCCUCUGCCAUGUCGACCAAAAGACCCUCCUUAUAUCCGGCCAACGUGUCUGCCGCCACUGGCACGAUGUAAUCGCCACGUCUCCUCCCAUCCAGAAACACCUCUUCUUCCGUCCCGAUGUGCAUCGCAAAAACAAGGAAUUGAACCCGAUGUUGAACUCAAUCUUCCCACACUGGUUCAGAGCCAAGUAUCCCGACUGGUUCAAGGCUUAUCUCGACAUGUAUGGUUUGCCGCACCAUGAGAUCGUCGAUCGUGUCCACAUGCCUGCGCCUAUUGAUCGGGGCCCGCGCCGGAAGAUUCCCAUCCGACUGGAUGACCCUGAUUUUCCCACACGCUGGUUCAGAAUCCCCCCAAUGCCAUCAUUUUGGGAUCCCAUCCUGCAAGUCGAGAAUGCCAGCUGGCGUCGGAUGUUGGUACAGCAACCACCGGUCACUGAGUUGGUGACCUACUCAUUGCCUGAGGCACCUAUCUGGCAACAACAAGGAAUCGACGGGCCGUAUUGGGGAGUUGGCGAAUAUCCACCGGGACAGCCAGAUACAUCGAACGGGGUUCUGAUUUCGCAUCUUGUGGAAUGUAACAGGAACGGUGCGAAGGACUCCUACUGGCCCGAAUGGAUCACCAUGCCGAAGGUUCUGUGGGACAGCGAAGAUCAUCAUGUUCCAGAAGGAUUUUGUUGGAUUGAUCUCGAGGCAGAGCAUAGAAUCAUGCUUCAAGAUGCACUGGCGAAGUAUGGGAUGAUUGUGGUGAAGGUGAGGCCUUCGUCUCACUACAAGAGGACAUACUGGUCUGCUGAAUUCGGACGAUACAGAGCAACGUAUUACGGGUAG